CCCCCCACACACACAGGUUCUUAAGCAGGCUUUUCUUUCUAUCCUUAGCCUCCCCCCCCCCCUCCUCCCAUCUCCUGUCUUCUCCUCUCUCUUCAUUUCUCCUCCCUCUAUCCGCCUCCUCACCCCCUCCGUGCACCGACUGCUACUUUACCCUGAGAGCUGUGGAACCGAGGGGUCUGCUGGGCAUCUUAGUGCAUGACUAAAGCUGCAGAAGUAGCCGCCACACACACACACACACACACACACACACACACACACACACAAUUAAACACUUAGUGCUAAUUCCUGGUCUGACUCAGCACGGACUGAUUCCCCCUCCAGCUUUUUCUCAUCUCUUUGGAUCAUGUUUCCUGAAUAUGUGUGUGUGAGAUUGCAGCAUGUACUCGGUCGAGGCAGGGAUGUGGGACCCCCAGCCCCCGUCUAAACAUGCCUCGUCCAUCUCCCCGCGACCCCCCUCCAAUUUACGCCCUGCCCAUGUGAUCGCAGCCCCCCCAGCCAAGAGGAUCACCUUCUACAAAAGCGGCGACAGACAGUUCGGGGGCGUCAAGAUGGCCAUCCAAAAGCGCAGCUUCAAAUGUUUCGAUGCCCUGCUGGACGACCUUUCCCAAAAGGUGCCCUUGCCAUUUGGCGUGCGGACUGUGACCACUCCCCGCGGCAUCCAUGCCAUCAAACACCUGGAGCAGCUCCAGGACGGUGGCUGCUACCUCUGCUCUGACCGGCGCCAGGCUAAGCCAGUCAACAUGGAGCUGGCCGGCAAACGCCCGACCAUCUGGUACCAUCACAGCCGGAGGCCCCAGCAGCCCGAAUCCUCAUCCACAACACCGCCCGGCCAUCAGUCUAACAGGCAGCGGCGGAUCCUGCUGGUGAAGAACAGCGAGCCGGGGAUGAGGAGGAGCGUGGUGCUGAGCAGGAGGUCAACCAGGAGCCUGAAGUCCUUUCUUGAUGAGGUGUCAGAGGUGAUGCAGUUUCAUGUCCGCAAGCUCUACACUGCUGAGGGACGAAGGAUUGACAGCGUACAAAACCUGAUGACUUGUCCUGGUACGUUGGUGUGCGUUGGCCGGGAAGCCUUCAGCCCACUGUUGGUAAACUUCAUCAGGAAGAGCUCAGAGGAAAAACUGCCUGGUCUGGGCAGCAGGGGCCCUGCUCUUGGCCCCAGGACUCCUGGAAAUGGGGCCAGAUCUCCUGCUACUCAAGGAGCAAGAUCCCCACCUCGUGGAGCUCAGUCCAGAGCCAGCGAAUACAGCGAAGGGCAUGAAAGCAGGAAAAAUGUUAACUUUGGUCUGGAAACCAAAAAAAGCAUAAUCCAUCCUCGUUCAGAUUCCUCAAACCGCUCCACCCGUUUCUCCUUGUCUUCAGAGAAGUCAUUCAGCAAUGGUGUCAGCGCCUACUCCCAGGCCAGACCAGCUAUUAUGAACGAUGACAUUGAAAAGCGUGUCCUGGUCAAUAAAGACGGCAGCCUGUCAGUUGAGAUGAGGGUGCGUUUCCGACUACACAAUGACGAGACCCUGCAGUGGUCUACACAAGUCAAAAAAUCCCCAUCUCUGACUAAUGAAUGUUGCCCCCUGAGCCAGGCCCAGCCCCAUUACCUGCAGCAGGGCCAAUCAGAGAGCUGCUCUGAUUCCACAUCCUUUGACCCAGAGGGUGUGGAUUAUUCUAACCAACCUGUGCAGCAUGUAUUGGAGGGGAACCAAUGCCCCUGCUGUUACCAGAGACAGGAACAGCAAUACGACUUAUGGGAAAACCCAGCACACAGCCAAAAACAGCAUCCUGUCCCUCCUCCACAUCCACCCAGCCACGCCCACACUCUGUUGAGACAUACACACUCUUCUAGCUCUUCCUCGUCAUGUAAUUCCAGGAGGGUGGUGCGCUGUCGAGCACGAGUCACGAACUGCGGAGCAGGUUCAAAGCAGAGCCAACUGGUCCAGGAGGAGAUGUUUAUGACGGAGCAGGUCGAGCGCAGAGUAGAGCUGGAGCAAGAUGGAGAUACCCAAGUCGAGGUGUGCAGGAUGAGCCAAUGCUGCAGCCGCAGUGAAGUAGUUGCCAUUGACAGCAACCUACGACCACUUAGCAGGAAGUCAGCAGAGGAUGAGCUAAUGAUGGAGGAAGAAGGGGAGCGUCCGCUGUCUGCAAUCAGUAGCUCCUCACAUAUCCUUCAAUCACUGCAAGAGGACCAGGAUGAUGACCUGCCACCCAGCGCCUCACAAUGCUGUCAUAGCAAUGAACCAUCUCCUUCCCCAACUUCCCAGACUCACCUGAGCGACAAACCAACAAGCAGUGUCGCGGCUGUUUAUGUCCACUCUACAGAACACGAGACGCAAGAGGAAGACAGAGGAAGCAGAGCAGUAUCUGUAGCCUCUUCCUGUCACUGUGGAGCAGCCACCCCACAUUCAACAGCUGAAGCAGAGGAGAUGGAUCGAGCUCCCAGCUCCAAGUCCAAACCGAGCAGAGCCUCAAGCAGGUCCAGCAAAGUCCGGAUCCCAAACUCAGAAGAAGAGGGGGCUGCAGAUGAUGAGGAUGAAGAUGUAAAGAGGGUUGUUAGUGGCUUGUCUGGUCAUACAGGAUGUUCUCUGCAGUCAAGGGGAUCCAGUGUAUGUCCCAAUUGUGGCGGAUGCAAACGUGGGGUCAACUCAGAAUCCAAUAGCAGAGCAUCACAGAGGUCCCAGCAUUCCCACCGAGCCUCUCCAAAGCAGGCGUCACCUCUUUCCAGCCAAGAGAAUGCAAAUAAUGGCAGUGAUGAUGAUGAUGGCUCAGAAGGUUCAGAUGGGUCCACAAAAUCCAACAAGACCAACCUCACCAACAAUGGCCGCUGCUCUGCAAUAUCAAACAUCCUGGAGGACAGAGCAUCUAGUGCCAUGUCCAAUCCUGAUGAAGCAGGAAAAGAGGAAGAAAGGGCUCUGAGUGCCACCUCAGCCACAAGCCACAGGUCCAAUAGAUCACACAAGUCUGGCUAUAAUGGCAGCCCUUGUGGUAUAGCACAAAAAGAGGAGGAGAGAAGCCCUAGUGCCAUGUCGGCUCAGUCCAACAUGUCUGCCAAGUCCAGCAAGUCACACAAGUCCAACUGCAGCUGCACCGCUGACGCUCCGGACAUAAAGACAACAGAGGAUGCAGAAGAAGAGAACAAUGAAGAAAGAGCACUUAGCUCCUUGUCAGCCAAAUCUGGUGCCUCGGCGGAGACCAGUGCUUCAGUCAAGAAAGGAACUAAGGUUGCCUCACCAACUGACAAUACAGCUGUGGAGGAGAAUGACACAAACAAAAGAACUCCCAGUGCCCUAUCUGAUAAGCCUGGCGAGGCAGAAAGACCAGAUAGUGUCAUGUCUGCUAAAUCAGCUAAAUCUAAUGUGUCAGCAAAGUCCGGCACAUCUCACAGGUCUACUUGCAGUCACUAUGCAUCUCGAGCUGAUGGACCCGUUAUCAAAGCAAUAGAACAGGAAGAAGAAAUGGAGUCAGAGGAGAGAGCAGCGAGUGCCAUGUCAGACAAAUCAAAUCUUUCUGCCAAGUCUAAUAAAUCCCAUAAGUCCAUCAAAGCUGCAGAAACGUCACUUUCUCCUGGAGAAAAUGAAGAAGAUGGAGAAGAUGGAGAAGAUGGAGAAGAAAGGGCAGCGAGUCAAGUGUCAGGCAGAUUAGUCAAAUCUAACACGUCUAACUCUAAUGACAAUGAAACCGCUGCAUCUCCAAGCUCCAAGGAAAAAGAAAAUGAGCUGGGAGAAGAUGAACAGCAGAGGCCUGAAAGUGUAAUAUCUGCUAAAUCAGCUUCUUCUGCAAAGUCUCACCGCACAAAUUGUGACACAAGUUCAAGAGUGGCUUCUCCAGCCAAAGACACAGCAAAGACAGAGGUAGACGGCAUGGAGGACAGAACCCCCAGCGCCAUGUCUAGUAAAUCACACACCUCUGCAAAGUCCUCCAAGUCCCAGAAGUCAAAUCAAACCACAGCAUCUCCAAAUCCAAAUGAAGAUGCUAUGCCUUCUAUUGAGAUAAAUGGAAAAGAGGAGCAUAAUGAAAAUCGAGAGCGGGUGGCCAGUGCCAUGUCUGUCAAGUCAAAAUCUUCGAUGAGGUCCCGUACUUCUCACAAGUCUAGCAAGAAUCUCAAACUGGUGUCACCAAGUCCAAAUGUUGUCACCUUUCAAACACCAGAGGGGGUUGAUGAAGAUGGAAAUGAGACAACAGAGAGAGCACAAAGUGCUGCUUCUGCUAAAUCAGGGAAAUCUAAUGUUUCGACUUUAUCGCGUAAGUCUCAUCAUAAGAGAACAGCUGAUGUUGCUGUUAUUGAAACAGCAGAUGCAGAUGAAAACGUGGAAGACAAUUCAACAAAAAGUAAAUCUCACGGACAAACGCUCUCACCCAGGAGGUCGUGUUCCCCACUGACCCACUCACCCAAAGCUGCAUCCCCCAGCAGAUCUGGCAAAUCAAAAUGUGGCUGUGGAGCAGCUUCAGCACUUGAAAAGUCAAAGGAAGAAAAAGAGGGGGAGAAAAAGGAAAAUCCUGAGGAACUUAAAAAUGAGGAGGCUUCUGAGCGGGCCGCCAGCAUCCUGUCGUCCUCAAGCAGAAGGCAGAGGAGAGAAUCAGGAGGCACUGAGCAACCACUGAGUCGAAACUCAUCAGGCUCAGUCUCUCUUGGGUUGCCAGAAGACCAGGAAAUAGCCGACUCAGACAGUGGCAAGUCCUGUGUUUCUUUUCACACAAAUACUGGGGAAAAGGACAGAGUGAAGACAGUUACUCCCCAUGCCCCCAAAAGCUCAGAACAGUCCGCUUUGAAGGAAGAAAGGGGGGGAACGGGGUCCAUCAUGUCUCAAAUGUCCAACAGUAAAAGCACUCACAAUCAUCCAGCAGUUGAUAUCCCUACUAUUAAAACAACAGGGGGGAGCAGGGAUAAAGGUGAAGAAGGUGGGGAGCAAACAACAGAGAGAGGAGCCAGUGCAUUGUCAGCCAAAAGCAGCAGGUCUCACAAGUCUUCUUGUAGCUGUGGCGUCAAAGCACCUCGAAUGCUUGACAGUAAGCCAAAGCAACACACUAGUGCCAGCCCAACCAAAGCAGGAAAUGACCUUGAAACAGCAAGUUUGAAGUCAGCUUCGACGACAAAAGCUAGCAAAAUGGACGCCAAUGACAACAGGACAUCAUCUGCAAUGUCAGCAGCAAGUGCUAAAGCUCGGAGCAAAUCCCCUGCAAAUGCUAGCGCUGAAAAUGCCAAUGUAGCUGGAGAUUCAGGAGAUAAUCACACUGCAACUCAGGCCAUCAGUAGACCAGCUAGUAAGGCCGAAGGGGAAGAAGAUAUCGCAGACAAUAAGGCGGCGAGUGUCCAAUCCAAGAGUCCCCAUAGCCUCAGGCCUGAUUCGGCAGCUUCAGCUCACUCAGGCUCAAAAAUGAAAGCAUCAAAGGAGAUUAAAUCCAAUUCCAGACCAAGCAGCAAAGUGGAGACAUCUAGUGGGAGCACUCUGCAUCACUCUAUGUCUGCUGCUGACAUGCUGAAGAAAACCAUGGCUGCUGCUGCUGCUGUACGUCCAAACAGCCAACAGUCGAAGGCCAGUAAAACCAGUGACAAGUCCAGGAGUAAAAAGUCUCAGAGGAGCAGGAACCAGACGGAUCACGAGGAACUGGAACUGUCACCUGCCUGUCUGCCUAACGCUUCCCCCAAUGAGGUUGUCAGUGACUGGCUGCGGAACAUUCCCGCUAACAGCUGCAUGCUCGCACUUGGUGAUGGGCUGAAUGAGGAGGAGCAGGAGAAGGUGGAGGAAGAGAAACCUGGAGAAGAGGAAGCAAAGGAGGAGGGAAGUCCAGAAGUGGGGAAAGUGGAAGACAAGGAGGAGGAUGUUGAGGCUGACGAGGAAGAACAGAAAGAGGAGGAGGCUGAAUGUGAUGCAGCAGAGGAGGAGAAGAGUUCAGAUCCAGCUCCAGUUGGUGGUGAUGCAGUGGGGACUCGCCCAAAAACUCUGUUGUCAAGCAGUGACGCUCUGCCCAAGAGUUGGCAUUCUUCAGUUGCAGUGAUGAAAGUUCUUCUGAGCUCCUCUCCGGGUCGAUGUCAGAGCAUGCCUGAGGUGUCUCCAGUUUAUGGUCGUAGACUGAGCACAUCAGCCAGGGGGUUUCUGGACUGUUUGGCCCAGCUCCAGCUCAUUGAGCCUAAAGUGACCCCUGGCUUUGACCAACAGAAGGACCACAACCAGCAGUAUGAGGACAUUAUGGCCAUCCUUCAGUCUCUCUGGCUCACUUCACCCAGGGACAUUGAAACCAAGGAGGGCAAGGACGUUGGCACAGAGCAGGUGACUCCACCGAGGUCCUCAUCUGGGGUGGGAAUGAGCAGUGGCUCUGGCGGAUCAGGGAAGGAGAAUGGAACUCAAGGUGGAGAUGAAACAAAUCAAAACAAAACAAAAGAGUCCUCUUUACAUGAGGAGGAGGAGGGGGGAGCGGAGAAGGUUGGAGAAGAGGAAGAGGAAGGAAAUGCAGAGGCAGAACUCAAGGAAACUGAGGCAGAACCAGAGGAGACAGACGUUGCAGAGGAAGAGGUACAGAGUGAAGAACAAAGUCCAAGUCUGGACAGCCCAAAAGCCACUGAGAAUCCCUCGUCAUCGGACAAGAGCUCUGCCAACGACAGCUCCAAAUCCCCCACCGAUAACGAACACGAGACGGCGGAGGACUCAGGCAGCUCAGGCACGCCCCCGACUGUCCUGCGAGCACCAUUGUCAAAACGACUAUCCCAAGACCCUGAUCCGGUGUGGGUCCUGCACCUUCUGAAGAAACUGGAGAAACAGUUCAUGGACCACUACAUUGACGCCAUGGCGGAGUUCAAAGUUCGUUGGGACCUGGACGACAGCCUCAUGUUGGACACCAUGAUCGGCGAGCUGAGGGAAGAGGUGAGCAGACGCAUCCAGAGCAGCAUCCAGCGCGAGGUGAGGAAGAUUCAGAGUCGCGCCGGCAGAGGGGGGAAGUUGCCCCGGCCGCCGCAAAGUGCGAACCUCUCCAGGGAGUCCACCGUAACAGAGAAGAGGCGUCAAAUAUUGAAGGUCAUGAAGAACCAGUCAGUAAAAACCGCUGAUUGCCUGAGCGAUGGAGAGAUGACGGCUGAGUUCAGCGACCAGCGAAGCGAUGACGAGUUCUGCCCCUGCGACGCUUGUGUUCGCAAGAAAAUGGCUGCCCGGCCUCUCAAAGCUAACCCGCUUGCAGCCGAAGCACCAGUGAUGAUGGAGUUUGACCUCCUUAAGAUUCUGCAGCUGAAGAAAACCCCAUCGCCUGUGCCUGCAGUUGUGUCGCAAUCUGCAGAGGUGGAAGGUGAUAGCGAGGUAGCAGACGAGGAGGGGAGGAAUUUAGAGGUAGUGCAGGAGGAAGAAGAGGAGGAGGAAACUAAAGAGGAUAUUAAAGCUGAUGUUGUUUUAGAGGAGACGAUCCCAGAGGAAGAUGAGGAAAUAGGGAAAGAAGAAGAAGAUGGGGGUGAGGCAGGAGAUGAUGAGGAGGAAGAAGCUGAAAAGGAGGAAAGUAUUGCAGGUGUUGAGGAUCAGGAAGAGAAAGAAACAGGUGGUGAGGAAACUGGGGAAGAGGAGACAUCAGGAAACGGAGUGGAAGAGGAAGAGGCAGAAUGCCAAUGCCAGUGUGCCAGAAAUGAGGAGGAGAGCGACAAAGCAGAAGAGGGAGAGGAGGAAACAGCAGGAGAGGCUGCUGAGGAAACCAGCGACAACGCAGCUGAGGAUGAGACAGGAGAUGAUGAAGAGAGAGCAGGGGAGGAAGAGGGGGAGAACGCAGAGGAUGAAGAGGAGCCAGGGGGCAAUGACGGAGAGACAGCAACCGAGAAAGAGGAGGAGGAGAGUGACAAGGAGACGGUAAAAGAGGCAACAGCGGGUGAAGGAGAGACCACUGAAAAUGUCGAGGGUGAGGAGGAGGAAGCCGAGGUGGAAGAGUGUGAGGUGUCUGAAUUUAAGGAAGAAGAUGAAGAAAAGGAAGGAGAAGAAGAAGGAAAGGAAGGAGAAGAAGAAGAAGAAGUAAAGGAAGAAGUGACAGGCAAGGAAAGCGGAGAAGAUGAGGAUUCUGGGGAAACGGAGGAUGACAGUGCUGCAAAAAAUGAAGAAUCCACGCCGCUGGAGGAGUUUGUGGAGGGUAACGUCAGCGCUUCGGCAGAAGGGGAUGAUGCUGCCGGAGAGGGGGAGUCACAUGAAGACGAAAAGGAAGGAGAGAGUGAAGAGCCAGCAGACGAGGCAUCGGAGGAGGAAAGAACCUCAUCAAAGGGCCAGGGGGUGACUGUGACCGAGGGAGAGGAGGCCGACGCCGAAGAAUCGGACACCGACAGCAAACGUCCAAGCAACACCAGCGUGGCGGAAUCAGGGCGUGAGGGGGCCGGAGCCACAGAAGACGAGGAGGGGAGAGAGGGUGGAGAAGAUGGAGAUGAGGCGGAUGAUGCUGUUGAAGAAUUCAAACCAGAGGAAGAGGAGGAGGAGGAUGGAGAGGUGGACAAAAGGGAGAACGGUGCUCUCUUCCAUCAGUUCACCAGGACCUCUGUGGAGUCCCAGCCCGGCUCUUUGGAGGACAUUGGCACAGAGUCACCCCAUAACCUUGUCAGCUCCAUAGAAGUGCCCAAAAGGGCUGCUUGUGUAUGUGGCCAGAGGAGGAGCCGCUCGCCGGGCAGGGUCAAACGGUCCAAACCCAAAGAGUGUGACGUUGAAUUGAAUUGACUUUUAACUCACACGGAAACCAAACUUAUGGUCACAGACUCCCAUAAACCCUUGCUCUGUCAGUGACUCCAUGGAUAGAGUUAUGUAGGUAAAAACAAAAAAAACUGCAAACAGAAACUUGAACACUUGAAGCACUUUAUCACUCCAGAUCCGAUGUAGAAUAUUGAAACUUGAAACCACCAUAUUAUCCUAUUUAAUUAUAUGAAUUAUAUUUGUAUAUUUUGUAAGUUAACUGGAUGUACGAAGGGAUAUGUUUAUUUCUGUACGUGUCUGAAUAAGGUAUAUUUUUGAAAUAUUUUUGACACCCCUGGGUGUAUGAUGUAAACUUGAUUUUUUGUGUAGUGGACUACAGGUUUAAUGAUUUAUUGAAUCAUAUAGCCAUUAAUAUACCAAGUACCUCAGAGAUAUCUGAUCUAUUUAUUGCCUGUUUCAAUAGUGUGACAGACCCAGUGUAUUGAUACUUGGUUCGUGAAUCAGUUUAAUUCUUUGUCUAUUUUUUUGGGCUCAUCUUAUUAAGUCUGUAUUCUCAGGGGUUUGGGAGGUAAUCUCCAAGAUAUUACAUAACUAGCUGCUUAAAUCUGUA